GUCUCUGGAUGCUUCUUCCUCCUUCGUUCCCGGGUUAAAUUACAAACAGCGAAAGGUUUCAAGUUUCAACACAAUCGAAGAAGAUAAUGGCGUCGUUUCUCCAGAGACUAGUUGAUCCCAGGAAGAAUUUCUUAGCUCGUAUGCAUAUGAAGUCUGUUUCUAAUCGCCUUCGCAGAUACGGUCUUAGAUACGACGAUCUAUAUGAUCCUUUGUAUGACUUGGAUAUUAAGGAAGCUCUUAAUCGGUUACCGAGAGAGAUCGUUGAUGCUCGGAACCAGCGUUUAAAGCGUGCAAUGGAUCUUUCUAUGAAACACGAGUACCUCCCAGAUAAUCUUCAGGCAAUGCAGACACCAUUCAGGAGUUACCUCCAAGACAUUUUGGCACUUGUGAAGCGGGAGAGAGCUGAGCGAGAGGCUUUGGGAGCUUUACCUCUCUACCAAAGAACCAUUCCUUAAGCAUGUUUGUGAGUUUGUCUCUCUUGUGCUUAUAGUAGGGUCAUUUAACCAAACAGAUCCUAAUCUUCUCUCUGUUUUAGUACUCUUUAGGCCUCAAUUUGCUAUUGUAUGGUUAUGUAUGGUUCAUGUGAACACUGAACUUAUGUAAGACAUUAUAUGAUAUUGAAUUGGAUGUGUAAUGUAA